AAUAGUCCUCAAAAGUUACCAUUCGUAAUUCUCUUCGGGAUACAACAGGUUGUGACUGUUAAAUUCGCAGUUACAUCUGAUGCUGUCCCUCUGACAGGAAGAUUAUAAUUCGUUCAUAUGAGUUCAUACGCAUACGAAAUUGGGAUUAGACUGUUUACAUUAUUUUCUCAAAAGUAUCACUGUCAUUGUAUACGAACCCGAUAUUUAUUCUCCAAUAUGGCUGUCAGUUAUUUAAGUCAGGUAGAAGCUCAACAAGUAGAUAAUGAAUUAUUUACAGAAUAUGCUUUCUCUGUUGAUCAGCUGAUGGAGUUAGCUGGUUUAAGCUGUGCUGUUGCUAUCAACAAGGCUUAUCCCCUUAACAAGCUAACCAAAUCCAACGGUUCUGUACUUGUUUUCUGUGGACCAGGGAACAAUGGUGGAGAUGGUUUAGUUUGUGCCCGACAUUUGAAAAUGUUUGGUUACAAACCUUUUAUACAUUAUCCUCGUAAUCCAACCAAACAAUUGUAUAAAAAUUUAGUUAUUCAGUGUGAAAAAAUGGACAUUCCUUUUCUACCGGAUUUGACAAAUGAAACAUUUAACUUAUCUCAAUCUUAUGAUCUAUUCAUUGAUGCACUUUUUGGAUUUGGUUUCAAACCUCCUGUAAGUCUAGAAUUCAAAAGUAUACUACAAAUUAUGUCAACAAGUCAAAUUCCUGUUAUAUCGAUAGAUGUCCCAUCGGGAUGGAAUGUGGAAACUGGACCAUUAGAUAAUGAAAAUAAUUUAAAACCGGAUUGUUUAAUUUCAUUAACUGCACCGAAAUUAUGUGCCCGCUUCUUUCAAGGACGGUAUCAUUUUCUCGGUGGGAGAUUUGUGCCAGAUGCACUAAUGAAGAAAUACAACUUGAAACUACCCACAUAUCCUGGUCAUGAGUUAUGUGUACUACUCAAUUCCUCCGAUGAUGAGUAGUUAGUUAUAUUUGCCAAACUUUUGUAAAUGACAUUUUGUUAAAGUAUCUUAAUCUGGGAAUUUUCACUGAACGUUAAUACUUUAUUUACGAAUAACACAACUAACUGAAGUGGCUUUGGUUAACAGACCGUUUUCAUGUGUACCUACUAUGCCAUCAGAUCUGAUAGAUCUCAUAUUUUCUUUAUGUGUGAAUAUAAUACAUGUAUCUGUCGCGUUUUCAUGAUUUUUAUUAGAAUUCUUUUAUCAAGUCUUUCAAGUAGAUACUUUGAAUUAAUCAUGAGUAUAAAUCCACUAUUUCAAUGGAGGUAAGGAUGAAAUCAGAACUCAUUUAUUGCAAGAAUUCAAUGUAUUCGUAGACACAAUUAUUCGUUGAUUAGUCUUGUUUCUUACUAACUUCAACAGAAGAUUGAUCUAUAAAUUUGUUAAUUCAUUAUUCAGUUACAGAACGAUUAAAAUUAGAUUUGUUUAUGAUCACCAUCGCUCUUCUUAUCUUUUCAUUUACUCAUCCCAUAAACCUAUAUUAUUAACAGCUAAUUUACAAUAUAUUCAAACACCGAGUGACUAGUGAAUUAUAGUUCAGUUAGUCUCACGCGAAUCAUCUUAUAGACAACCAAAUUUCGGCGUUGAAGUCUUAGAACUAAUGGUGAUUUCUUAACUAAAACUUCUGAUAACUACAAUGUUCCAGUAAUAAACCAUUACUUGGAUAUUCUCUUUCCGACCUACAAGUAAUUUCCGCCUUUAGAGUACAGGUUGUCUAGUUAUUCAGAAUGGGAUAUAAAUUCCUAUUAUGUUCAACUUUGAGAACCUACGCAUGUUUACACCUAAACUUUGCAAUAAUCUUUCAAAACAGAUAAUGUGGUAGUGAGAAUUGGGAUUCGCCUGUUAUGAAUAUUCUGGAUUGAUUAGUUUCAGUCAACUUAUAGGCUUUU